GCAAGGGGCUCACGCGGCGCCCGCGGCCCCGCCCCCUUCCUCCUCCUUCCCGGAUCCCUAGCGCGCGAGCCCCGCCGGGCUGGGCAGUGCGCGGGGACGCGGACGCCGUGUCGCCGCCUCCCACCGCGGCUUGUGCCUCCCGACCCCGCAUUCUUCCCGCCGAGACCCGAUACAAUCUUUAAACCUUACUGUGAAGAAGCUGGGGACUAGGUAGCCACAUCCCAUUUGCUGAUAAGAAAGGAGGCCUAAUGCAAUAUCUGCAGAGCCAGGUGGCUGACUCAGUCCCUGUGUCUUUUAUGCACACAAUAGCACUUACAAAUAAUACAGCUUACUUACUGUGCACCCGACUUUGCACCACGCACCUUGUGCACAUGAGCUCCUUUAAUCCUCACAGCCAUCUUAUGAGCCCCCUUGUUUCUUUUCCCUCUAAGGGCGUCUAACCUGCAGGACUAGCAACAUGCCAGGAGAGGAAAGGUCUGGGAAGGGUCCAAACCACAUGACCAUCGAAAUGGAAGAUCAGGGGGUCUAAACCUCAUGACCAGUGAUAUGCCUGGGGAAGCAAGGUUACUCUGGGGACCAAGUCCUUGUUUUCCCAGUUUUGCCCAAUGCUAGGCAAAUGAGGCUCUCCACUCUGGUGACCUUCUGUAUCGUCCUUCCUCUGAACUUGUCUGUCUAACUGCCUACCACAAUUCAUAUAUUAGAAAAUGAAUGCGAAACUCUGGAAAGCACAACAGUAAUGGAGUACAUGAGCACUGGAAGUGACAAUAAAGAAGAAAUUGAUUUAUUAAUUAAACAUUUGAAUGUCUCUGAUGUAAUAGACAUUAUGGAAAAUCUUUACACAAGUGAAGAGCCAGCGGUUUACAAACCCAGUCUAAUGACCAUGUGUCAAGACAGCAAUCAAAAUGAGGAGCGUUCAGAGUCCCUGCUGCUAAGUGGCCAAGAUGUGCCUUGGUUGUCAUCAGUCAGAUAUGGAACUGUGGAGGAUUUGCUUGCUUUUGCAAACCAUAUAUCCAAUACUGCAAAGCGUUUUUAUGGACACCGACGACAAGAAUCUGGAAUUUUAUUAAAUAUGGUAAUCACUCCCCAAAAUGGACGCUAUCAAAUAGACUCUGAUGUUCUCCUCAUCCCCUGGAAGCUGACUUACAGGAAUAUUGGCUCUGAUUUCAUUCCUCGGGGGGCCUUUGGAAAAGUGUACUUAGCACAAGAUAUAAAAACUAAAAAAAGAAUGGCAUGUAAACUGAUCCCAGUAGAUCAAUUUAAGCCAUCUGAUGUGGAAAUCCAGGCUUGCUUCCGACAUGAGAACAUUGCUGAGUUAUAUGGCGCAGUCCUAUGGGGUGAAACUGUCCAUCUCUUCAUGGAAGCAGGCGAGGGAGGGUCUGUUCUGGAGAAACUGGAGAGCUGUGGACCAAUGAGAGAAUUUGAAAUUAUUUGGGUGACAAAGCAUGUUCUCAAGGGACUUGAUUUUCUACACUCAAAGAAAGUGAUUCAUCAUGAUAUCAAACCUAGCAACAUUGUUUUCAUGUCCACAAAAGCCGUUUUGGUAGAUUUUGGCCUAAGUGUUCAAAUGACUGAAGACAUCUACUUUCCUAAGGACCUCCGUGGAACAGAGAUUUACAUGAGCCCAGAGGUGAUCCUGUGCAGGGGCCAUUCAACCAAAGCCGACAUCUAUAGCCUGGGGACCACGCUUAUCCACAUGCAGACGGGCACCCCGCCCUGGGUGAAGCGCUACCCUCGCUCAGCUUAUCCCUCCUACCUGUACAUAAUCCACAAACAGGCUCCUCCAUUAGAGGAUAUUGCGGAUGACUGCAGUCCCGGCAUGAGAGAGCUGAUAGAAGCUGCCCUGGAGAGGAACCCCAAUCACCGCCCCAGGGCAGCAGAUCUACUAAAACAUGAGGCCCUGAACCCUCCCAGAGAGGACCAGCCGCGCUGUCAGAGCCUGGAUUCUGCCCUCUUUGAGCGGAAGAGGCUGCUGAGUAGGAAGGAGUUGGAACUUCCUGAGAACAUUGCAGAUUCUUCAUGCACAGGAAGCACUGAAGAAUCAGAGAUGCUAAAGAGACAACGUUCUCUCUACAUAGACCUUGGAGCCCUGGCCGGCUAUUUCAACCUUGUCCGGGGUCCACCAACGUUAGAAUAUGGCUGAUUGUUGUUUGCUCUAAAUUAAUACUCAGCUUUUGUCUCCUGGAAGCUAGUUCUGCCGAUUUUACACGGGGGCUCUGUCUAGUGAAUUGUGCCAUUUAUGAGCUGGCAUUGUGGGCUCCCAUGACUGAUGAAUGUGACUCCACAUGGCUCCUGUGUGUUUUAUUUGUGGAGCUGCCCUGUCCACCAGGUCUAAAAGUUCUCAUUUCUCAGGUGGGGUGACUCAAGGGGAGGAAUUAAGUGUUCCUAGAAGGAUCAUUUCUGGUGACUGAUUUCAUUCACUGUGCACUUUGCUCAAAAUUGUAAAAAUAUACCAAUUAUAAGAAUAAUAUAUUAGCCUAAAAUUACUAUUCUUGGUUCUAAAUUAAGUCUGGGAACUUCAUUUAACUCAGAAUAGUUGUUUUGUAUAUAUUAGUGUAUAUUAUAUGCCAACUCUUUGGGCCUUUGUCAGUAGAUUCUAGUUUAAAUUAAAGUCAUUAUAUUUUGGGUGAAUAGAGCAACUUGAAUAUUGUAGCAAUAAGCUGAACUAGUGUCUUGCAAAUGGCUAACUGAUUAGUGAGAAGCCAUCUGACAGCAGGCCACUAGUGAUGGGUUCUGUUAUGUUCCUAUGGAAACAUUUUGUACUGUACAUGCUAUGCUUAAAACAUUUAAAACAUGAUGUUUUGAAUGUGGAUAAAACUGUGUAAACCACAUAAUUUCUGUACAUCCCGACGGAUGAGAAAGUGACCUUAUAAAAACUGGAAACUUGUCAAUUCUUACUGAUGCUACUUUUGUAACUCUUAUGACUCUAUUUUCUUUUAAGCAUUUGUAUAUUAAAAUAGCAUACUAUGUAUGUUUUAUAUCAAA